AUUUUAGUGGGAGAAAAUUGGACGGUGGCGUCGGUGGGUGAGUGCAGUCCAUUGAAUCAUCCGUCCGCCAUAAUCGGGCAGCUCCAUUCCAUAUGUUAUGCCACUCCUCCUCUGCUCCCGACCUCUCCUCUUCCUCAACCCCGCCAGGGCAUUCUCGUCAAUGACCACCUCCUCCCUCCCCCCCAAACUGCGAGGCGUCGUCUUCGACAUGGACGGAACCCUAACCGUCCCCGUCAUCGACUUCCCCGCCAUGUACAGAGCCGUCCUCGGCGAACAAGAGUACCUCAGGAUCAAGUCCCAGAGCCCCUCCGGCAUCGAUAUUUUGCACCACAUUGAGACCUGGAGACCCGAUAAGCAGAAGAGGGCCUACGAGAUUAUUGCCGAUUUUGAGAAACAGGGGUCGGAUAAGCUCCAAAUUAUGCCCGGUGCAUCGGAACUUUGUGAAUUUCUCAACUCAAAGAAUAUUAGGAGAGGAUUAAUCACAAGAAAUGUGAAGGAUGCAGUUGAUAUAUUCCACAAACGGUUUGGGAUGUCAUUUUCCCCUGCAUUAAGCAGGGAGUAUCGGCCUUACAAACCGGACCCUGCUCCACUUCUACAUAUAUGUUCAAUUUGGAAUAUGGAACCUGAUGAGGUUAUGAUGGUUGGGGAUAGUCUCAAGGAUGACGUGGCCUGUGGGAAAAGAGCCGGAGCUUUUGCAUGCUUGCUCGAUGAAACGGGAAGGUAUGAUGCCCCUGAAUUCCAAGAUGUCGAAUUCAAGCCAGAUUACAAAGUGUCUUCUCUUUCUGAACUACGUACUAUUCUGGAAAACAAUUUCAACCUUACUUGUGAGCCCAACUCGAUGGUUCACAAUUGAAGACGCUCACAAUGGGAAGUCAGCAUUUCUGUAAGCUUUAAAUUUCUGUAGUUGUCUUGUAAUGAUGUAUCAUGGCUACUAAAUGUUUGUGGUAGUAGGAUAAUUAACAAGAGGCGCGUUUUUAAGGGAACGAUAUGUUCGCUUUCAAACUGAAUAACUUAGAUUGUAGAGAAGGCUUCUUGAACUUGAAACAUCAUUUUUUUUCUUGCUUGAUGGAGGACCCAAAACAUUAUGUGAUUUGUACCAUAACCUCUGUAGAUGUGUGUGUGGAUUAUUCAGUUAAUUUCUGGACUA